UGUGCAGUUGUACUUUAUGAUUUGCAGGUAACUUUUGAGAUCGAUGUAAACGGCAUCCUCAAGGUUUCCGCCGAGGAUAAGGGAACUGGUAACAAGGAAAAAAUCACUAUUACGAACGAUCAUAACCGUCUCACGCCCGAAGAUAUCGAGAAGAUGAUCAAGGACGCCGAGAGGUUUGCUGACGAUGACAAGAAAGUCAAAGAGAAGGUUGAAGCAAAGAACGAGCUUGAGUCGUAUGCCUAUUCUCUAAAGACUCAAUUAAAUGACAAAGAAAAACUUGGCGGAAAACUAAGCGACGACGACAAGAAGUCGGUAGAAGAAGCUGUCGAAAGGGCAAUCAAAUGGCUAGACUCAAACGCCGACGCGGAGGCUGAGGAUAUGAAAGCUCAGAAGAAGGAGCUGGAGUCAGUCGUGCAUCCAAUUAUCUCUAAAAUUUAUCAAGGUGCUGGAGGACCCUCGCCAGGUGGUGACGGCGAUGAUGCUAGCAAAGAUGAGCUGUAAGCGGGAAUGUGCGAGAAAAUAAUCAAUAAGCAAAGACUUAUCGUUACUCUGUCGAGGUGGUCCGCUGCAACAUCAGGACCGUGGGCAUAAACAAACGAGCCCUGAGAAAUUUUAUAUUUAUAUUACUUUUAGGUUCAAUUGGCGGGUGCUGGAGUUUACAUCCGGACGUGGUGGACGGUAAAUGAGAAAGAUAUUAAUUUUAAAAGCGCAUUCUCUACGUUUAGUGGUACCCAAAAAAAAGAUACAAUAAAAUAAUUCAUUCAAAAGAGCUUUACGAAGCUUUACGUUUAAUGGUACCCAAAGAAGCGCGGGGUGGUCUCCUUUGUAAAUAAGCAUUGUAAUAAACAUAAUGGUUAACAAUUAAAAAUAAACAUAAUGGUAAAAAUAAAAAGGAA